GAAUCUAUAUUCGUUCCACGAACUUCCAAUUAUGGUUGGUUAUCAAAAACGGGGAAGAGGUGCCGAUGAAGAAAGUCGGAGACAAGUUGAUCCCCAAGACCGAAGACGAGUUUGAUGCCGAGGACAUCAAAAAGGUCGAGAAUUAUGCAAAGGCAAUAAAUAUGCUUUAUUGUGCCGUAAAUCCUAAUGACUACCGCAAGAUCUCCUGCUGCUCAACCGCCAAGGAGAUGUGGGACAAACUUGAGGUGACGUACGAAGGAACAGACCAAGUACGUGAAGCCAAGAUUGACUUCCUCACCCAAGAAUAUGAGAUGUUCAGGAUGAAGGAGCACAAGAAGAUCGACGACAUGUUCGACCGUUUUUCCAAGAUAGUCAAUGAUCUCCAUGCAUUAAAGAAGACAUACACCGACAGGGAUCUUGUGCGAAAGAUCCUACGGAGCUUGACAUCCGAAUGGCGAUCCAAGGCCGAUGCCAUCUAUGAAUCAAUCGGCACAUCAAAUGUCACCAUCGACAGUCUAAGAGCCGGGCACAUCAAGAACAAAUGCCCGAAAAGCGGAAGGAAUUCUCGGCACUUCAAAAGGCAAAGGGCAUAUAUCUCUUGGGGUGGCGACUCUGGCGACGAGUCAACCGAUCAAGACGAGGAUGAAACUUCCAACCUCUGUCUCAUGGCGCACGAAGACCAAACCGACGAUGUACAAGAGCACGACCACCUCCUCCCGUACCCGUUUUUGGUGAUGGACAUCCUUGAACGGUUCAAGGUAACCACCACCGUUGGUCCGCUCACGAAGGCCACGAAGAUUUGGACAAUCAGCAACCAAACCUUCCUCAAGCGGUCGGACAACGCCGCGGCUGCCACUGCCCAGCCACGCCGCACUGCCACUGCCGCUGGCCAAGCCGAACCCCAGGCCCGGGCCAACCUCGCCUCCAUCGCCGACUCCCUCAACCAGCUCCACCUCAAGGUUGACGGGAUGGGGAGCUACCUUGAACGGCUCGACGUGGCUGUUCAACGCCAAGGAUACGCGAUGAACUCGUACUUCCAAGGCAUCAACUACGUCCCUCCACCGUACCACGGCACGUUCUUUGGGCAAGUGUACGGUGACGAAGACGAAGCCGAUGACUCCUACGCCCCGUCAAGCUCCCCGGAUGAAGACGAGUUCGACGAUGUCAUCGAUGGGGAUGAGAUGGACGUCGACAACAACGAGGAGGAAACUGAAGACGAAGACUAGGACUCCCCUAUAAUUUCUAUCUCUUUUACUUUAAUUAUCCCGUUCUUUUUUAAUGCUUCCGUUGUAAUCCGCUAUUUCCCUUUAUUAAAUAAAAUCAUUUCGUUUAUCUUUUUGUUAAUGUCAAAAGGGGGAAGAAAAAGGCUAUGCAUAU